AUGCUGUCCUACAUAGUCGGCUUCAUUGCCGCCUUCAUCUUUCUUGUAAACCCCAUCAGCCAGCUCCUCUUCGGCAGCCAGCAUGCCACCGGCCCCUCGCCCAGGCCUCAACUCAACGAGUCCAUGCUUGCCAUUGACCAUCCCAAUGACCCAGUCCCUCAGUGUCCGCCUGAUACAUACAAGGCCCAGAUCCUGCGCGUCUCGCCAUUGGUCGUAUAUCUAGAGAACUUCCUAAGCGAGGAUGAGAGAAAGCAUCUCCUCGACAUCAGCACAGCAGAGCAGAGCUACCCAUGCCUCUCUCUGUUGAACCUCACAAGUAAGUCAGGGCUAAGCCCGGCUUUGCCCCCCCCUCCUAGCGAACCCCUCUUCGUGCCAUCCACAAUCACCCACGACUCGCAGACGACGCAGCGCGACCUCGCCCUGCGUGACUCCGAGGUCGCCCUCCUCCCCCGCGACGACGCCGUGCGCCCCGAGGACGGUGCCCAGUGGUGCAAGUUCAUCGAGUGUGGUGAUGAGAGUGCCCUUCCUCAGAAGGAGGGGCCGGAUGACGAGCCCAAGGGGACUGUGUUCAAGGUGGCGCCGGGGAACGCCGUCUACUGGGAGAAUUUCAGCCCGGAAGGGCUCGGGUAUGAUACGACGUGGCACGCCGGUCUCCCUGUGAAGAAGGGAGUCAAGGUUGGGUUGAACAUCUGGAGCUUUGGAAGGAUCGAGUGA